CUCUGUCUCUCGCGCACUCUACGCCCACCGGAGCCAAAACCCUAGAUGGGAUCCUGUACAGCUUAAUCAGCGGUGGCGGCCACAGAAUCAACCAACUGCGAGUCAUAUAGCCCUUCGCUCGUCCAGGCCUUCCACUCGUCUCCACGCUGGCGUCUCCAUUGCGACUCCACCAAGCACCUGAUGUGGGCAGCAACUCCUUUUCGACCGCAACUCGCUUUCGAUGCAACUGAUGGUGGUGGGUUUCUCGGCCACAUGGUGUGGACUGUGCAUGAUGAUGGAACCAUCAAGGUGAAGGCUCCCAGGGACAAGCUUACGCUUAACUUCAAGCAUCUGAACCUCGAUUUCUGGCUCAUCACCGACGAAGCCACUUCAGAAAAGAAGCUGAAGGUGGACAUGUGGGCAGCCAGAAAACAACCGCCCCCACAUCACUGCAUCACGAAACUUCCUUGGGCAGAAGAGGGUAUGAGGAAUUUAUUGCAAUUCUUCAUGACCGAGUUGGGCACAUUCAAGGAUGGAGAUCUCUUGGGGAAAUGGGGGUGUGGUGUUGUGCGCGAUUUUUCGCUCUUUAAG